AUGGAGUCCAGCCAAGGGCACAAUCGCGAGGUUUGCUUGUUGACCUGUGCCGUCCUUGCUGCUGGUGUUGCCUUUGCUGAACGGCGCCGGCGCCUAAGGGCAGAGCUCGAAGCUGAGCAGCAGUUGCAACGGCUCCGCGAGGAAGCAGCGCGGAGCCAGAAGCUGCGAGACGAAGAGCGCACCGGCCGAAUCCGUGCAGAACAGGAACUGCGGCGCGGCCAGGGCCGUGCCGACACAUUCCAGGACCAAGACCCUUUCCUCUUCCAUCCCAUUGGAACUUUCCAGUCUUGCUACCGGCAGCGAUGUGGCACCCCGCGACAGAGCAACUUGGUAGCCGGAAGCCUGGCCGUGCUUCGCUGUGUCCGAGACCUGAAUCCAGGAGCAGCCCUUGAAGGCCUGGCCGACUUUAGCCACGUUUGGGUGCUUUAUGUUUUUCAUGAGAACACCAACAUGCUCAAGGAGUCCAAGAGCAUCUCACGUCGCAAGCAACAGCAGGGCCGCGUGCCCCUCUGGCAGGGCCUCUGCAUGAAAGUGGCACCUCCACGCUGCCCGGAGCUACGUGUUGGAGUCUUGGCUUGUCGGACCCCACACCGGCCGAACCCCAUAGGCCUGUCCUUGGCGCGUGUUGUGGAUGUGGAUGUUGCAGGGGGCACGCUGGUGCUCGGAGGCCUUGAUGUUGUAGAUGGCACUCCGUGUCUGGACAUCAAACCUUACCUGCCAGGUUUUGAGUCCCUUCCCACUGCACGGGUCCCUGGGUGGGUGCAGCAGUCCUACGAUGAGCCCAUGAUGGAGGUAACGUGGUGCGGGGAAGCCUCAAUGCAGUUUGCCAAGCUCACUGGCAUGGACGACAGUGACAUCAGUGACAAGGUGUCACUAAAGCCGUUUAAAUCGGCUCAAGAGCUACAGGCGGCCAUUGCAGACACGCUGGCCCUGGACAUUCGUUCACCCCUUCAAAAACAGAGACAUCCAAAUCCUGGACAUGAGGGCGCAGAGAACGCGCCGUUCUUUACAGGCGACCUCUGGUUCCACGAGCUGCACGUAAUCUACUCUCUGCUGCCCCGAACUGGCGAGGGCCCCGGUGCCUCAGUGCGGAUCGAGCAAGUGCAGCGGAGGCAGGCAGAAACAUGUCCGGAGGGUAUCAGUUCAAAUGCAGUGAGCGUGUUGGGCAGUACCUCACCAUGGCAGUCACGCAUGAACACCGAUGAGUCACGAGUUCGCAAGACGAAGGCUGCGCUCCUGGUCGGGCUCGGCAUGAGCUCGUCCAAGGCUCGAGUGGCAAAGCAAAUGGGCCGUGCAGCGGCAACCAAAAUUGUGGAUAAUUAUGUUUUGGAAGAAGUUGAGAAGUUUGGCUCAACUGCUGCUAUCUCGACCUCUGCAGGAGAAAUUGCCGGCGAUUGUGAAAUGGCUUCCGAUCUCCUGGCAGAAGAAAUACGUCAAAGUCAAGCCGCCGCAUACUUGGACAACCUUACUUUCACCAGGUAUCUGAUGUUCGAAUGCCACAUGCCAAGCGGUGUCGACUGCAAGGUGGUGCUCUGCAAGUUCUGUGCGACGCUGCUGCAUCACCCAGACACUAAGUUUGAGAAGCACAGCUUGGAAGACAUCGUCAAGCCGGAGGAUGGAGUCAUGCCGGAGGUGAAGAUCAUUAGCCCCAUUCUGUUGGACCUGGUCUUGUUCGCCUCGGCCUGCUUCCUUUUCUCUGGCGCAGGCAUCAGCUCUGAGUACUUCAACGGUACCAGUUAUUGCCCGGGUUUGACUCGGCUUAGGGGUUGGUUGGUGUGGGUGGACGCCAACGUGUUCUUCUACUGGAAGAAUGAGCUGGCGCAGUACUGCGACUGGGAAGACUCCUACUGGAGGUUCUUCAUGGACGCUUGGAUACGAAGCGUGCUGACCAACACGGACAGUUGGAUUCUGCUGAUCGCUUCCUUCAUCAAGGCCUUGACCUUCGAGGAGUUCAUGCGGAUCAUCAUUACCCCUGUAGCUGCACACGUCUACGCCGUGUUGGCUUACUUCGUCCGAAGUGUGGAGUUCACGCUGCAUAAGAUCCUCUACGAACGGCUAGAAGGAUCCGAUCACACUGUCACAAAGGUUUUGCAGGCCUUAUCCAAGGUGGUUCAGCAGAUCAAAUUCGCUCAGAAGCUGGGCAUCACAGAUACCACAGUCAAGCUGGCCCCGCCGACUCAUCGGAGAAAAAGACCAGCAGAGGAUUGGGGGGAAUACCUUGUCUACAUGUGGGGGCGAAGAUUUCGGCUCCUCGAGUUUCACAAGGCGCAGGCGUAUUCAGCGUGUGGUGCCCUGCUGAAGUACUCGCUUUAUGCUGCUCUGUUCCUCCGCAUUUUCUGCAUCAUCUUCGGCGGCAAGACGCUGCUGACCAUUGCCUACAUUUUGGGAUUUGGUGGUCGGGCAGAGCAGCACCAAGCAUGGUUCACCCAGAUGACAGGUGCCACCAUCAAUGAUGGAAGUGCCAACUACUAUUGGACGGACCGGAUCGUGUCUGUGAUAGUGCCGCAGGUGCUGAUGAGUGUCCCUCUCUUCCGCGACUUCAUGUCUGAGACUGCCCUUGGCCUGGCACGCACCGUAUGGGGCUUUUGCCCGGUGGUGCUCAAGUUGUGGCCUGUUUGGCUUCUCCUGAUCAAGCGCUGGGGGUGGAGCCGGCUCAUGAAGAAGCAGCAGACCGAGUUCGCUGCAAAAUGGAAGUCCGAGCACUGCAAGGCGAUCUGGGGCGAUAUGAGCCGCGAGAACCCUUGCGGCGGAACAUUAUACAAAGAGUUGCACUUCUCGCCGGAGCCGGCGAAAUUGCCGCGCCUUGGCAGGCGAACUGAAGAGGUUCAGGAACGGCAAGCCUGCAUUUCGACGGUCAGUGACCACCCUCGGCUGAGCCAGGGUACCCUUCUUGACCGCCACGAGAACCCCAUGGCCGUUUGCCGGAGCGAUUUUGUGAAGCCUUGA